AUGUCUGUUGUACUUUCGAUGGUAAACAGUGCCGCGGUCUCGCCCACUGAGCGACAACGUGCUCUAGAUCGAAUUCAUUCCGAUCCAGGUAUCCCUAGUGAUACCACAACCUCUUCUUUCUGGCUGCAAAAUCCACACCCGGACUUUGAUCAGGCCUCCUCAAAACCUCUUCCCACCGACGCCAAUGUCGUAAUCAUUGGCUCCGGGAUCACAGGUGCAUCUAUCGCACGUACUUUGCUCCAAAACCGCGCCAAGUCAACAUCUACUUCCUCCCAUCCGGCCGUGGUCAUGCUAGAGGCUCGUGAUAUUUGCAGUGGAGCCACAGGCCGUAAUGGCGGCCACAUCCUCGAGACAGCUGACGAGUAUGCCGAAAUUGUGGAUGCCUUUGGAGAGGAAUCGGCGCGCAAGCUCCUCCUCUUCCGACUGGCGCAUCUGCGUGAGAUGUUGAGUGUUGCGGAGGAGUUAGGCCUCACGGAGGUGACACAGGCACGGAAAGUGCAAUUUUUGAGCGCUUACUUUGGAGACGAGCCAUGGAAAGCUGCGGUAGAGAGACUACGUCGGUUUAAGGAGGGCAUGCCCGAGGAAUCGGCAGAGUGGGCUUCGUAUGAGGGCAGCUCGAUUCCAGAGGAAUUCAAUCUAUCGCGUGCUACAGGUGUAGUUACUGGCCCAGCUGGAGCUCUCUGGCCAUACAAGUUCGUCACGGGCGUUCUCUCUCGUCUUCUCUCUGAUUAUCCAGAGAAAUUCCACGUCGCAGACCACACUGUCGUAAAGGCCAUUCAUUCCAGUAAUGAUUCAAUCAAGCCUUACGAGAUCGAGACAUCCCGUGGAACAAUAACUGCUAAGCACGUUAUUCACUGCACAAACGCACACGUUGGCCAUCUCGUCCCCGGUCUCCGAGGCCGUAUCUUCCCCGUACGCGGGCAAAUGUCCGCCCAAACACCCGGAGAUAAAUUCCCUCUCCAAGCUGCAAAACACUCAUGGCUCUUCAACUAUGACCGUGGCUUCGAUUACCUCACCCAGUUACCCACCGGCCAGAUGAUGUUCGGUGGCGGCUUCGCAAACGGUGAAGGAAGCGGCGUGGGUGAUCUAGGUAUCUCCAAAGACGAUGAGAUGAGCGUCUACCUCGAUAUUCAUCUAUCCGGCGCGUUGAGCGCGGUCUUCGGCCAUAAGUCAUGGGGCUCGGUGCACGGUGACCCUAUUCAAGCUAUGUGGACUGGUAAUAUGGCAUUUAGCACAGAUGGAUUCCCCUGGGUGGGACGUCUACCCAGCUCUGCGACAGGUCGGACUGAGCCUGUCGGCGGCAAUAUGGGCUCGGAGUGGGUGUGUGCUGCAUUUGGAGGCGAGGGUAUGGUUCAGGCUUGGCUUUGUGGAAAAGCGCUGAGCACGAUGAUUCUCAAGCAUGAUGAUGAGCUUGUAUCUAGUGCGGAUCCGGAUUUGAAUUGGUUCCCAGAGCAGUUGCUUGUUUCGGAGGAACGGGUUGCUGUGGCCGAAAUGCCGAAGACUGUGUCUGAAACUGGACGUCAGUCCCAUCUGUGA